CACGGGAUAGACGCGAGGAGUCCUGGUCCCUCGGCUAAAGUCGUUAUGAGGAGGACUACUGUCAUGGCGUUCAUAACGCGCUAGAACUGCACAGCGGCAAUGAAGGCAAAGUGUGUUGAAAUAGAGAAGACGAAGAUAGGUAGAGGAAUACUAGUACUCAGCGAGUGCGAGUGAGCGCUUAGGUAGCGGAGGGCGUGAUCAAAGAAGAGCAGGAGAACCUCCGUCGGCUCGUCCAGGAUGGCGUCUGUCUACGGCGGGAUUGCUUCGCCUCUUCAUCGUCUUCGUGAUUCUGUCAAUGGUGAUGCAGGAUGCUGAAGGAUGGGUUUCGCCGGAGACGGCGGCGUUGCGUUACAAAUGGCUGGCAGUCAGGGCAGCGUGUAACGUUAACUGUGGAUUCGGCACGAGAAAACGGAGCCGCACCUCAAACUGUGCCGGAGUUAACCUACUGGAUUAUUCCAACUGCGCCUUUUUCGUCUGCCCAACAAAUAAGAACUGCUUGGUUAACAGCUGGGCAACUACCGCUAAUUGCAACGCGCGUUGUGGUACUGGCUAUUAUACUAGGUCAAGGUCCGUCCGCCAAUAUCCAAGCGGCACUGGAACGGCUUGUCCCAACCUGUACACAUUUGUGUCGUGUAGCAGCAACGCCGGAUGUCCGCCAGUCAACUGCAUAGUCAAUGUUUGGACAAGCUGGGGCACUUGCUCAGGCGGAGGCUGCACUUCCCUUGGGACUCACAUGCGCUACCGAACCGUCACACGAAGCGCAUCGGGUGGCGGAGCUGCUUGCCCUGUUCUGUCCGACACCGGUAAAUGCGGAGGCUGCUGUACGCAGAAUUGCUUGUUGAACAGCUGGAGUGCCUACGGUGGUUGCUCAUCCAGCUGCGGGGCGGGAACAAGGACUCGCUAUCGCAAUGUUGCCAGGUCUGCCAGCUGUGGAGGCUCGGCGUGCUCCAAUACCAGGUCUCAGAAUAUUGCUUGCGUUGGCACUGGUGGAGCAAGGAACUGUCAGGUCAAUUCCUGGGGAGGCUGGGGUGGAUGCUCGGUCUCUCGAUGUGCUACUGGCGUGCGGUACCGUAAUCGAAACGUGAGGGUCAAUGCAUAUUGUGGUGGAGCCGCCUGCCCAACUCUCCUUUCCUACAGCACCUGUGGUGGCUGCUGCCCGACUAACUGCGUGUGGAACAGUUACAAUUCAUGGACUGGCUGCAGUGCAACAUGCGGCAGUGGAUCCCGGUAUCGAUAUCGUUCAGUGAGGACAACAGCCUCUUGUGGUGGCUCGUGCGUUGGUUCUGGAACAGGCACUGAGGGGUGCACGCAAAACAUUAUGAAAACCUGUGUGCUGGGAGACUGGGGUGCAUGGACACCUUGUACGAAUCCAUGCGGAUCGGGUACACAAUCUCGUACCCGGCCAGUGGUUACACAAGCGCAAUGCGGAGGAAGAUGCCCCCCCACCACCGAAAGCCAGACCUGCACCGAUUACAUCAACGAGGAUUGCCGGGUUACUGAUUGGGGUACCUGGACUGCGUGCAGCCAAAAGUGUGCCGUCGGAAAGAUCUACAGAUAUCGGAGGAUUACUUCUGCUCUUGUGUGUCAAGGGAUAUGCCCAUAUGCGCUCACAGACUCGAAGGACUGUGGAAAUGCUAAUGGCUGCUGUGAGCAAAACUGUAAUAAUGGCGUGUGCUCCUGCAAACCUGGCUACAAGAAGAGUGGAUGCAAAUGCAUUGCUAUCGGCUGCGGGGCUCCUGCAGUCGGGUCCUACUGUCCUACUGGCAAAACCUGCAAGACACCAACGUUUACCUGCACCGACACUCAAUACUUGUUCCUGUCCACGUGCUCGUUCACGUGUCCGAGUGGAUACGGUUUGAAUGGUGGUUCAUCGGCUGUCAUCUGCCAGGCCAGUCUAGUCUGGACAGACCAUAGCAAAACACACUGUGAGCUGCUGAACAAGGCACCAACAAAUAUUGGCCUGUCACACACCUAUAUCAAGGAGAAUUCUCCAAGUGGAACCGCGGUCGGAUCGUUCACCACUAACGAUCCCAACCCCAGUGACACACAUUCCUACACACUUGUCAGCUCGGCGCCCGGAAAGUUCUAUAUCUCUAGCAGCACUCUGUAUAUCUCGUUUGUUCCAAACUACGAAACCCAGGCAAAGUCGUAUGUGAUUGAUGUAAAGAGUACAGACUCCGGGGGCAUGUCGUACACUAAGAAGUUCACGAUCACCAUCCAAGAUCUCAAUGAGAAGCCAACUGCGUGCCAGCUGUCUUCUACAACGAUCCAGGAAAAUCCAAUGCUGAAUACUGUCGUUGGCGCUAUUAAAACAUCUGACCCGGACACGGCUCAGACAUUUAGAUACUCACUCCUGGACUCGGCUGGCGGACGAUUCAAACUGGACGGGAGCACUGUGAAGGUUGCACUGCCAUCAACUAGAUGUAUUUCAGAUGGUGGCACGGCGUGCCUAUACAACUUUGAAUCGGCCACGCUGAAUCGAUUCACCAUCACGGUACGCACCACCGACAGCGGCUCACCAAGCCUGUACUAUGACUGCAAACUGACAAUCGACACGCGCAACAUCAACGAUCAGCCCAGAAACCUGCAGCUAGCCGGGUACACUAUCAAGGAAGGCAGUGCCAUUGACACCAGAGUCGGCACUCUUUCUUCCUCUGACGAAGACAUUGGUCAAACAGUAACGUAUUCAAUUGUUGAUGACGAUGGUGGAAGUUUCAAAGUAUUGCAGAACAAGUUCAUUGUUGCGGCCAAGGUGGCUAACUUUGAAACAAAGACAAGCCAUCACAUUACUGUCAAGGCAACUGACAAUGGAUCACCUGCGCUAUACGUCCAGAAGGACUUCACUAUAACUGUACUUGAUGCCAAAGAAGCCCCAGUGUCAAUUCAGUUUACUUCCACUGGUGCUCAGACUAGCUUCGCAACCAACAGCCCAACGAUCAAGGAAAACGCAGUUAAGAACACGGUUGUGGGGACGAUUGUCGCUUCCGACCCGGAUCUCAAUGCUAAGCUCACAUUCAGCUUGGACGAUAAUGCAGGCGGUCGCUUUGCUUUGGACAGCGCCAGCAACGUGGUCUGCAAGGCUGCAUCGGCAUCGGAUCCCGCUGCAGAAACCGUGUGCUCCAUCAGAGUUCUUGUAGCUGGCAUUCUCAAUCAUGAACUCGACGCUCUGCACACGAUCAUAGUCAGGGCAACCGACGGCCACGGCCUGUUCAAAGUUCACAAAUUCUCCGUCACGAUUCAGGAUGUGAACGACAUUCCGCACGACAUAAUUAGUGUCGGUGGUGCACCACAUGUCAAGGAGAAUCUCAACAACUUUGUCAUCACGUCGUUCCUGACCAAGGACGAGGACACGGCGAACACGCACACCUACACGAUCACCUUGGACCCGGAUAAUAAGUUCAAGAUGGUCGGGUCUCGUCUGAUGACCACUGCCACGGCGAACUUGAACUACGAAGCUAAAUCAUCUUAUUCCAUCGUAGUCCGAGCUACAGAUAAUGGCAUACCAGCUCAGUUCUAUGAGAAGACCUUCACAAUCACUGUUGAGGAUGUCAACGAAGUGCCAACUUCAGUGUCACUCACCGGCAGCAAGGUGAACGAAAAUUCACCGCUGGAUGAAAUCAUUGGCUCGUUCUCCACCCUCGAUCCUGACAAUUACGCAUCUGCACGGCAAACAUUCACGUAUGCUUUGGUGGACACAGCUCAAGGGCGAUUCAAGCUUUCAUCAGGAAAGCUUCAGGUGGCUACCUCUAACGUCAACUGCCUCUCGAUUGGCGGUCUCUAUUGCAAGCUGAACUUUGAAAAGGACCAAACCCAUGAUAUUGUGGUGCAAGUCACAGACAGUGGCUCACCACCUCUAAGUAAGAGUUUCAAGCUGACUAUCAACGUCGAGAACAUCAAUGAUCAGCCAAGGCAUCUAACCGUCAGCAACACGAUUGUGAAAGAAAAUGACCCUGCGGACACAGUGGUCGGCAAGAUUGCAUACAUAGAUGAAGAUAUUGGCCAGACGCACACCAUAACCAUGACAGACACUGACGGUGGACAGUUCAAGCUCAGCGCCGAUGGGACAGAAAUCCUCAAGGCAAAGUCGACGGAUUACGAAACCAAGGCGGUCCACAGCGUGACCAUCAAGGUCACAGACAAUGGAAGCCCUCCGAUGUCGAUCAUCAAGGAUAUUCAAAUUAGUGUUACUGAUAUCAAUGAAGCGCCGAUUAGUUCCAUCUUCACCUCCAAGAAUGGUCAGCUGACAUACGCCGAUGAUCAUGCUAAGGUUAAUGAGAACUCCAACGUGGGAGCGACCGUUGGUACCAUUGUUGCAACUGACACGGACAAUAAUCAGCAGCUGAAGUUCACACUGGAUGAUAGUGCAGGAAGUCGCUUUGCCAUUGCCUCUACUGCUACUUGUGACUUUACUACUGGUAGCAAGUGCAGUGCAGCUCUUACGGUGUUUGACUCGCUGGAUCACGAAGAAUCAGCCUCGCUCAGCAUUGUAGUACGGGUCACUGACCCGCAGGGCAAGUUCAAGGUGACCAAAUUCACCGUUGUCAUCAUCGACGUCAACGAUCCUCCAAGUGAUAUCAACAUGACCAGUGAUGAAGUACAUGAAAAUAAGGUUGACGCAUUUGUGGGUGCAUUCCUAACCACGGAUGAUGAUAUAACGCAGACCCAUAAGUACACGCUGCUCAACAGUGCCAAUGGACGAUUCAUUAUCACUGGAGAUGACCUGUAUACGGUUGGAUCAUUGAACUACGAGGUCACGAAAACACUGACAAUCAGAGUUCGUACCACCGAUAGUGGCACGCCAGCGCUCAGCUACGAGAAAGACAUCGUGAUCCGCGUCAUCAACGUCAACGAAAAGCCAACGUCGAUGCACAUUACCAGCGACCAGGUGGACGAGAACAGCGCCAGUGAUACUGCCAUAGGCAGUCUAUCCACACAGGACCCGGACAAUGUUGGAACAACGCCAUUGCAGACGUUCAACUAUGCCCUGCUAGAUACUGCCGGAGGAAGGUUCAAGAUCGACUCAGGAGUUCUCAAGGUCAAUCCAUCCAAUGUAGCAUGCCUAGCCCUGGGUGGCACAUCAUGCUGGUUGAACUACGAGGCGCAGUCCCAAUACAGCGUGCUAGUGCGCUCAACUGACUCGGGAACGCCACCACUCUCGGCCAACUUUGUCGUCAACAUCACACUGAAGGACAUCAACGACAGGCCGCGGAAAUUGUACAUCACCGACUACAAGGUGGCUGAGAAUUCCCUUAAUGGCACUGUCGUGGGAACGUUUGGUGCGUCUGAUGAGGACGCCUUCCAGCAUCUCACGUAUGAGCUGACGAGCGAUGACCAUGGAAUGUUCAAGCUUGUCGGAAAGGAGCUCCAGAAGGCCAAGCCUGCAAACUAUGAAAUCACCACACAGCACAGAAUAACAUUGCGUGUGACAGAUGACGGCACACCACCCUUAAGCAUCAGUAAAACCUUCACCAUCGAGGUUCUAAAUGAAAAUGAAGCACCGGUCAACACCAGUAUCACCGCUACUGACGGACAGCUGGCCUUCGCCAAGGACCUUCCGGAAGUGGAGGAGAACAGUGUACUCGGUACGGUUGUGGGCACAAUCAUCAGCAUAGAUCCUGAUUACCAGCAGACACUGACCUUCACGCUGGAUGAUGACGCAAGCGGUCUGUUUUCAUUGGGUACAAAUAACUCAUGCGGGAGACUCACUGACUUGACUGGUCAUCAUUCUUUGUGCCAGACACAGCUGCUUGUAUCUGGUGCAUUGAACUUCGAAUCAGUGAAGACGCAUGAUAUUAUUGUGCGAGUCACUGACCAGGAUAACCGCUUCAGCGUGCAGAAGUUCACUAUCAAGAUCGUCGAUGUCAACGAUUUACCCCACGACAUUGAAAUCCUCUCGAGGACUAUUGAUGAGAACUCACAGAUGGUGUACAUCACAGACUUUGUAACACAGGACCAGGACCAGACACACACUCACACAUACAGCCUCACCUCUAACCCGGGCAAUCAGUUUGCCAUCGUCAACAACAGCCUAUACACAUCAGAUUUGGCAACACUCAACUAUGAAGAGCAACAACAAUGGAAUAUUUCCAUCUUGUCCACAGAUGAUGGAGUACCAGCAUUGAAUAUCGAGGAAUCGUUUGCUAUUGAUGUUGUGGAUGUAAAUGAGGUCAUAAGCAGUAUCAACAUCACUGGAAACACGGUGGACGAGAAUAGUCCCGUGAGCACAGUCGUCGGUGAGCUUAUCACCGUCGACCCGGACAACUUGGGGCCGAAGGGCGACUGGCAGAACGCCACCUGCGUGGCAACCGAAAAUGCCGAUGGAAUCUUCGUCGUCACCGCCAACAUUCUCAAGGUUGCCCAGGCCAGCAUUGACUAUGAGCUAAACUCCUCAUUCUCAAUCACAGUGCAAUGCACGGAUGAUGGUCAGCCACCGCUGUCUAAGUCCUGGACAUUUACGGUGGAUGUGAUCAAUGGUAACGAGCCUCCAACGAUGAUCAACCUUACAAACAACUACAUCGAUGAAAACGAACCAGCAAACUCUUCUGUUGGAACAUUCAGUACAGAAGAUCCUGACAAUGAGUUUACAAUCACGCAGACAUUCACGUACACCAUAGUGCAUCCAGUGCCGGGUCUUCCCUUCACCAUUGUUGGUGACGAGCUGAUGACCACGCGCCCAUUGAACUACGAGAAGAAUGGAGUGUGGCCACUGGUCGUGGAGUCCACGGAUUCCGGUGGUCUCUCAACCCUGCAUACAUUCCAGAUUAAUGUGAACGACCUGAAUGAACCACCGACCGCUUUAGAGCUCAUUGCUGCCGGCUAUGUAGCUGAGAACAGUCCAGGUGGCUCGUACAUCGGUGACGUCAUUGCUAUAGAUGAAGAUAGCAAUCAAUCGCACGUUUUUGAAGUUCUCGGCGCUGCACCUGGAGUGUUGCUGAACAGCUCAUCAAUGGACUCCAGUUUGCUGGAUGCAUUUGUAAUCGACCCGUUGACAGGCGUGUUAUCUACCGGCAAUCAUACAUGGGACUUUGAGACUAACGCGAGCUUCACUGUCUGGAUACAAACAAGUGACGAUGGUCUCCUGCCCAGUCUCCGCUUCAUCGAUGUUUUGGUUGUGAACAUCAGUGACAUCAAUGAGAAACCCACCAACAUCACCCUGGACUAUACUCAUAUUGCCGAGAACAGCCCCAUUGGCACAGUCGUGGGAGACCUGACUGUGACCGACCCGGACAACUUCGGUGAUCACGCUGGCUCCCAAAGCUUCAACUGCCUGGUGUUGAACGCAUUGGCUCAUUCGUUCAAGGUUGUCAACGACACUGUACUGGUCGUCUCCAAGGACAACCUGGACUACGAGAACGAGGUGUCACAUGACAUUGAGAUACAAUGUUGGGAUGAUGAUGCAGUCAGUCCCCUCUUCAUCAACAAGCAGUUCACCAUCAAUGUGACCGAUGUCAACGAGGCGCCAACCAUGAUCCAACUGUCCAACGUGACAAUCUAUGAAAACCUGGGACCCCAUGCCGAGCUUGGUACCAUUUCAGCUGUUGACCCUGACAAUGACGUGGAGAAAGUGCAAAAUAUCACGUUCACACUGCUGAACCAGAACACAACUGACGUUCCGUUCAUGCUCGUGGGCGGCUACAUCGUUGAAGCUAGCGAUGACCUGGACUACGAGACCAGGGACUUGUACACGCUGACGGUGAAUGCCACAGAUACGGGAGUACCACCACUGACUACCCAAGCGGAGUUCAAUGUCUCGGUUGUGGAUGUGAAUGACCCACCAACUGAGGUGGUCCUGAACAGUACUGGUGUUCCGGAGAACUCACCAGCUGGUACCAUCAUUGGCCCACUGUCAACUAAGGAUGAGGAUCUGGGACAGACGCACACAUACCAAGUGCUGGAAAUUGCCAACGUCAGUGAUGCCACCAUGUUUGCUAUCAAUGGCGACCAGCUGAUCCUAUUGAGAAGUGUCGAUCAUGAGACCAGGAAUGAGUGGCAAGUGCGCGUGCAGACCACUGAUAGUGGACAGCCACCACUCAGUCAUCAGAACAUUGUGUAUGUGAAGAUACUGGACGUGAAUGAAGUUCCAAGUGAAAUCCAAAUUGAUUACAAUGCAACGUUUGAGGAACAUCCCAUGGACGGCACAGUUGUUGCAAAUUUCACAGUGGUCGACGAAGACCAGAACCAAACGCACACGUGUUGGCUGCAGCAAGGUGGAGAGAGUUUUGAUCUCAUCAAUCCCGUGAUCAUGGGAGAAGAGGAGAUCACUGUGGAGGUCUCGAACAGCACAGCUUUGGAUUAUGAAUCAGGUCCUGUAGCCUACAUUACCAUCAACUGCACAGAUGAUGGCGAGCCGCCAUUGUCCAUUGCCAAAUCACUGUCCUUCACUCUUGAGGACGUCAACGAGCAGCCAACAGCUGUGCUACUCUCUGGGACGCACAACGUGUCCGAAAACUCACCAAUUGGGCAUGUUGUGGGCAAGCUAACCACCAUUGAUCCUGACAAGGGACAGGCAUUUACGUACGCUCUGUUCGGAGAAGGAUCCGAUGCUUUCACGGUCAAUGAGGUCUUGGGUCAACUUGAGGUGGAAAGCUCAGCUUGGCUAAACUUCGAAGCCAUCACCAACCCUUACCUAGAGCUAAUCAUUGAAACCUCUGAUAAUGGCCAGCCAUCAAUGUCCUAUAACCAGACACUUAACAUCACGAUCAUCGAUGUCAAUGAACCUCCGUCUGACAUUCGCCUGAUCGACGUCAGCAACUUUAAAGAGGAUACCCCCGAAGGCGCUAUCAUUGGACAGCUGGUGUGCACAAAUCCCGAACCAAACCAAACCGUAUCAUACGCUAUUGAAGCCAGUAGUGGUGAGGAAAGUGGGCCGCAGUUUGGAGUUUAUGUGAAUGGAACUUCCUCUUACAUACAACUCUUAUCACGCGGCAACCGCACUGAAGACAGCCCAGAAGACCCCACUGCAGACUACGCUGAAGAAGACCCCCUGGGAGACCUAGGUAAUUUUGUGCUUCAAGUGAAUGCCACCGACGAUGGAAUGCCCCCGGAAUGGUCUCUCGGCUCAGUCAGCUUCAAUGCGACAUUGCUUGAUCCGUGCAGCACAGGAGCACUGGUAUGUCCAACUGAGGCUAUGUGUGUUCGAGAGAAUAUAUCUUUCGCUUUCUGCGAGUGCAAUAGUGGAUACAGACUGAACACCACGGCUAAUACCUGCGCACCGAUCGAUGACUGCACGUUUACAGUUGACCCUGGAGACUUUGUAGUGGAAGAUGGCCCCACACGUCCAGCAGGUGGUGGGCUAUUUCCCACACCUCCACCACCUCCUACAGGACCGCAGCCAGUUUGCCAGAACAAUGCCACCUGCACGGACCUUCUGAACGGCUUCAGCUGUGCAUGCCAGCCGGGUUUCACCGGCACGGAAUGCGGCGAACGUAUUGAUCGCUGCUUGACACAGGCAUCGAGCUGUCUGAAUGGUGCUAGAUGUAGCGACAGUCCUGCCAAGAUGUAUUGUGCAUGUGUUGCAGGGUUUUCUGGUGAUAUGUGUGAGACAAAUAUAGAUGAUUGCGCCAUUGUCGACUGCGGACCGGGAAAGUGUGUAGAUGAUGUUGACCGAUUCGACUGUCAGUGUCCUGAGUCGUACACCGGGACAACUUGCCAGUACUUGGCGGACGCUUGCAAGGACGAUCCGUGUGGCCAAGCGGACUGUGUGCCAAGGAAAGUAACUGGUACAUCAACUAGCGGCACCUCGCAAGAGGGUGGCGCCAGCAUUGGUGUAGCAGAAGGUGACUCCUCCGCAUCCUCCUCGUCAGUAUACGUGUGUGUUCCUGGAAGUGGUGUAGUUACUGACGUCUUUCCGGGGGGACCGCUGACACCUGCUCAGCUGGAAGCAUGGAGACAGCUGGUUUUGACUAGUCCACUGCCAAGUCCGGAUGGUGAAGUGGACUACGCUGACGAUGUUUACAUUCUGCCUGGAUCUGGAGGUGGUGAAGUCAUUCUCACCGUUCUGCUGAAUGGACUGCCAGUCGAUCCAGAAGAGGUUAAUGCCGCCGUCACUAAAUCCUGCAAGGGGCCCACUGUUCCGGCGGAUGCAGCUAGCCUGUGCCAGAGGUGGGCAAACAAGGGGAAAUCGACCGGCAACGGUCCAAAGAGUGACGCAAACAAGGCCACGGAUGUUCCAUCAUCGACGGUCUCCAAACCCGUUGUAUGGGGAGUAGUUGCUGGUCUGCUUGCUGGCCUGGCUGCCAUUACUGCUCUAGUUACGUACAAGGUCAAGACAUCCAGAGCUAAGCUUCGUAUGAGCGUGGAGCAAAACAGAGCGAGGGAUGGACUUAUGGAUGAUCGAGCUGCAGAGGAGUUUACAUUUGACAGCAGCACCUACGAGGCGCCAGACAGGGCCGCGCCGCCCUUUGUUCAGAACCCUCUGUACCACGAUCCGAGUAUCAACAACAUUCAAACGACUGGACGAGAAGAGAUCACCUCACCAAUAUAUGAACAAUCACCCGAUGCAAACAUGGAUUAUGACAAGUUGAACAGAGACGGCGGUAAUGGUAGUGAUGACGAUACAUACGCCCUCAUAGGCCAAACACCAGGUGUUGGCAUCAGUAACCCUGGUUAUAUGGGCGGGUCUGGAUAACCUUCACUGAGUCAGAACCUCAGAACUGUUUCGUUUGUCAAAAUUCUCUCGUAUCACACAAUUGCUUUUUUGUUCGCACCCUCUUUGAUAUUCACCACGUUGCUAGUACAUGCCUAAAAGCACAAUCAUGUACAAUGUCUGCCGUUUUCUGAUGUCUUGCUAGCCAUGCACUGUUCACGGGUUGAUAGGGAUGCAUUCACGGACUUGUCACUCCACGGCACGCUCCCACUGUGUUACACUUUGCUGGUUGUGAUGAUGUACCAGUGUGCCAUGUACAUGUAGUAUUCCCUAAAGUAGCUAUUUACGGCUUUGAGGAAUACGUGUAUCUAUUUCCAGAGAUUCCAAUAUUUGCCUUUCUGGAAAAUAAUGCACACCCGGCAUCAUUUCCUCAGCCGGUAUCAUGCAUGCCACGUGUGUCUAAAUAAUGUUACCGUAACUAUAAUGAUAUCCGCAUCUAUAACCAGAAUGUAGCCGUGAAAACAUGAAAGUGAGCGUUUUAAACUUUUUUAGUUUAGAUCAAUACUUCUCAUCUCCACAUCUGUCUAAAUUAUAAGCUCCAUAUAAUAAUAUAAUAUUCGCGGGAUCCGCGUUUAUAGCACUUUUUUCUUUCACUCUUUGUUGUUGCACAUGCUGGGAAUAUUAAAUAUUUUUUAUCUUUCCCAGCUAGAUCAAAUUGUUUGCUCAAAGAAAAUUGUCCUUGUCUUGCAUAAUCGUUCACAUAAUACUUUGUGAAUAGGCGACGCUGAGAUAAGAUCUGUACUGAGUCA